AGGCAUUCCAACGACCUGUCAAACAAUAGGUGCCAGUGGGAAAUUCUUGUAUAUUUAAGGGGGUAGCGACAUAGUCUUGCAACUUGGACGCUAUUUUUAUUCGAAGUAAUACUCGCCAAGCCUGCCAAUUUAUGAAGAAAUGUAUAGGUGGGUUUUUUAAAUAUAAUUUUUAUUGUGUUUGACAUAAAAUAUUUAAAUGUAAUCCAUUAUUCAUGAUUUUACGUAAAGUAGAUAGAAUACACCAUAUGUCGCCACCCUUAGAUAUACCAAACCUGCCCACUGGUAAUUCAUUUGUUUGGAAUGCCUAAUGACAACCCUGUCUCCUGUCACCACUCAUCAUUGUCACAAGUCAAAAUUCGUGUUUUGAUUUUGAUGAUUUGUCUCAGUUUUCAACACGAAAAGCUUAUUAAAUAAAAAUGGCAAAAAGAGAUUAUGGCACUGCGUUUAUCGAAAACAAAAUUAGAGUAGCAGAUCCAAAACGUGAAGCUGUGAAAAAACACACUUUGGACUCCGAUGAAGAGGACGAUGUAGACGAAGAUAAUGUUUUGGAUACAGAUGAUAUAGAAGGGGAGGAAGAUGGUAUUGCAAGACAAGAUGGGGAACAAAAAAUAACUGCAUUUAACAUGAAUGAAGAAAUGGAAGAAGGGCAUUUUGACAGAAACGGUCAUUUCAUCUGGAAUAACGAAAAAGAAAUUAGAGAUAGUUGGUUAGACAACAUUGAUUGGCAAAAAAUUAAAAAUAAUGGGGAUUCUAGUAAAAAGUACAGUGUAUAUGAUAAAGGUUUAGCCGAGAGCGAUUCAGAAAACGAAGAAGAUAAUUUUGAUGAAAUCAGUAUAUACAAAAACAUGCUUAGUUAUAUGAAACCAAAAGAAAGUGUUAAUAAAGCUUUGAAACGACUUGGAGGUGCCGAUAUGAAACUGUCUAGUGUAGAAAGAUUAAAACGAAAAAAAGCUGGUACUUUAACAGAUUCCAAAGAUGUUACCAACCUCACAGAAUUAGCAAAUCAAAUUUUAACAAAGCUGGGCAAUAUGGAUGUUUACCAAGAAACUUAUGAACAAAUAAAUUCAAAAGUUGAUAAAAGUGAAACUAAAAAUAAAUCUUUGACUACAGAAACUGAGCUUGAUAUGUAUUCAGAUGAUUUCGAUGAAAAAGAAAAAGCAAAAAAAGUUGUAAAUUUUGAUGAUAAAGAUAAUGAAGAAAGCCAUAAAAAACCAGAACUCAUGUGGGAAUUCAAAUGGAAAAUAGAAGACGAAAAGAUUGAAGGACCUUAUACAAAUGCACAGAUGGCUAAAUGGUCCCAAGAAAAUUAUUUUAAAACUGGGGUAAUGGUUAGAAAAUUUGGUGCAGAAAAUACCAAUUUUUAUUCAUCUAACAGGAUAGACUUUGAGUUGUAUGAAUAACUUAAUGUGUGUAUAUAUAGUUCAAACUGUUCUACUAGAGUACCAAUUCAAUUGUUAGGAAUUAUCUUUAUUUUUUUUUUUAUAUAAGUUACUCUGAUUUCCAUAGAUCCAUAAUUCAGAAGUUACUACUACUACACUGCACAUUAAUAUUUAUUUGGGCAAUUUAUAAACCUUAAAGGUUGUACUACUUUCAAACAACUUUUUUGAUUUGAAUUUUUCCAUAAUAAAGAAAAACGAAU